AUGGGCGACACCGCGGCUGACACGCCAGAGCCGAGCAGGUUCGGCAGGAUCUGCGUCUUCUGCGGCAGCAACCCCGGCAAUCGCGCCGUCUACGGGGACGCCGCGCUCGACCUCGGCAAAGAGCUGGUGGCGAGGGGGAUCGAUUUGGUCUACGGCGGCGGCAGCGUCGGGCUCAUGGGCCUGAUCGCGCAGACGGUUCUUGGUGGCGGCUGCAGUGUCCUCGGGGUGAUUCCAAGAGCACUCAUGCCGCUUGAGAUAUCUGGUGCUAGCGUUGGAGAAGUAAAGGUUGUCUCCGAUAUGCAUGAAAGGAAAGCUGAAAUGGCGCGACAAGCUGACGCCUUCAUUGCUCUUCCUGGAGGGUAUGGAACAAUGGAAGAGUUGUUAGAGAUGAUAACAUGGUCACAACUAGGAAUUCAUGACAAACCAGUUGGAUUGCUUAAUGUUGAUGGUUACUACGACCCGUUGCUCAUGCUAUUUGAUAAAGGGGCGACGGAAGGUUUUAUUAAGCUAGAUUGCAGAGAGAUAAUUGUUUCAGCGCCAACUGCCCAUGAAUUACUGGAGAAAAUGGAGCACUACACUCGGUCACACCAGGAGGUUGCCCCACGGACGAGCUGGGAGAUGUCAGAGCUGGGCUAUGGAAAAGCACCAGAGUCAUAG